UCUUUCAUUAUACCAUAUCACUGUUGCACCAUCAGUUCCUACGAGCCUAAUUUGUUGGAUUACGAGCGUGACUGCUUGAAAAUGCCAACUUACAGCAAACAUAUUGAUGAUAUUGAAGUAGCGAUACUGAGCAAGCAGAUUGAUGUAUUUAUCAGUUAUCGUCGAAGUACGGGUAAUCAGCUGGCCAGCCUUAUCAAAGUGUUGCUCCAGCUUAGGGGUUAUAAGGUGUUUAUAGAUGUUGAUAAAUUGUAUGCUGGGAAAUUUGACUCAUCACUGUUGAAAAAUAUCCAGGCAGCGAAGCACUUCAUUCUCGUUUUGACACCAAAUUCACUCGACAGGUUGCUCAACGACCACAACUGUGAGGAUUGGAUACAUAAAGAGGUAUUUUUAGCACUCUGA